UUUGUCGAGCCAACAUUCGCCUUGUCACCAUAGAAAAAGAAAAUUGGCUGUGCCCUGUUAUUUUACAUUGUUGUUAAGUUCAAUAUUAUAAGUCACUUCUAUAUCCGACAAAUUUUUCAAAUAUGCGCAAGUUAUACAAACAUUUUUCAAUAAAAAGCAAUGAAAGAAAAUCCACGGGUACAUGCUUGCAACAUGAUGGUAUGCCAACAGCUGAGUGCCGGCGCGAUGAGCAGUCAACAAACAGAACUCGGCUCGGCGACAUGGCAUCUGUUGCUACGGCCUGUCGGCAAAAAAUUUCCUAUGUUAUUAGUGGUCUCUGCCGAAGAUGUGGAUCCUUCCCUAUAGAGUGCAGCACAUCAAGACCACUCCUAUGCCAAACUGGCACUCAAGUAAAUCUGCUACAAACAUUCAGCAGCCUCUCGUCACUGCCGAGCAGUGUGAGGCUGGUCGAGGUGGGGCCCAGAGAUGGUUUACAGAAUGAGCCGACUCUUGUCCCCACGGCAGUGAAGGUGGAGCUCAUCCAUAGACUAGCUGAAGCUGGGCUCAAAACUAUUGAAGCUACAAGCUUUGUCUCAGGCAAAUGGGUUCCACAGAUGGCAGAUCAUGCAGAAGUCAUGGCAAGCAUAAGCAGGUCUCCUGGUGUGACAUACAGCGUCCUCACCCCAAAUUUGAAAGGUUUUAAUGCAGCUAUUGCUUCUGGGGCAACAGAGGUUGCUAUUUUUGGAGCUGCUUCAGAAUCUUUCAGCAAGAAAAAUAUCAACUGCAGCAUUCAGGAAUCACUUGAGAGGUUCGCAGCAGUUGCAACAGCAGCCAAGGAGGCAGGAGUGCGCAUGCGCGGCUACGUCUCCUGCGUGUGUGGCUGCCCCUACGAGGGGCCUAUUGAUCCCAAAGCUGUGGCUCAGGUGUCGCUGGCGCUGUAUGAGCUGGGCUGCUACGAGGUGUCCCUGGGUGACACCAUCGGCGUGGGCACGCCGGGGUCGUGGGCAGCGGUGCUGCGCGAGGUGCUCACGGUACUGCCCGUCACCGCCGUCGCCGUGCACUGCCACGACACAUACGGCCAGGCUCUUCCUAACAUCCUCACGGCCUUACAGGCUGGCGUGAGCGUGGUUGACGCGUCGGUGGGCGGUCUCGGCGGCUGUCCGUACGCUCGAGGCGCGUCAGGUAACGUGGCCACGGAGGACGUGGUCUACUUGCUGCACGGCCUGAGUAUCGACACGGGCGUGGACCUACACAAGCUGGUGCAGGCCUCGGACUACAUCUGCACCGCCAUCAAGCGGCCUAAUAUGAGUAAAGUGAGCCAGGCCAUGCUCGCGUCGUCUGCUAAGUGAUUUCGCGGCCGAGAAGGGACUGCCUGUUAAAGAAGGAAUGGCUUGCUAAGCGCACUUUUGGGGUAGUCGGUUGGCAUUUUAUUACCUCUGCAUUGGUUGGCGAGAUGGUCGUGCAUUAAUGACGGCAAUAAUUGUUUAUUUAGGUCUUUAUGCCAAGGAUAGUUUCCUAGUUAUGGUUAUUCACAAGAUGUUCUUUUGGCAACGUUCUGUCUGGUUAGGUUAUAUGACGUUCGCCCAACACGUGAGGACGACUCAUCUUAAUACAAUAAUUAAUUUGGUUGAAGUGCAAUUUAAAAUUAUCAAUGAUCGCAAUAUUGAUUCGAAACAUGAUCACGCUGUUGUGAUCUUCAUCAUAUGAGAUUUAAUCUAAUUCGCCUUACUUUUCAAUGAAUACGUCACCCCGGGCGUCCGGGAUCCCUGCAAUAUUAAAAGGCCUUUAUUCUGAAUCCCGUUAACAACUAUAAAAUUAAUCAAUGUUAAUUAAAGGUGUCUUUUUAUACUCGCACUUCACACAUUAAUGAAUCACAGAAAUCUAGUUUGGGCUCCCGUUAAGAAAGUUCCAGUUAUGCAAUACCUUACUAUUCUCCCUCAAAUAAUACCUACAUUUCCAGGUCGCGACACGAUAAGUAUCCUGGAUACGCACCCGAACAUCUCUCAUGUAUUUGCGAUGCCGGGCUUAAAACGCACACACACAAACUUUAACAAAUUGUGUUAAUUUAAAAGUUAAAAUUCUUUAAAAAUUUGUAGCAAAAAAAUGCUGACUUACUCCUUUGCUUUCAAUUAAAUAUCUAGUGUAGAAUUAGGUAUUUAUACUAGUCAUUAGCAAUUGUAAUUGCAGUGAAUCAAGCCUGUGAUUGCGACAGCUGAAAUUAUUAAAAAUAUAACUCAGUACUCACUGCAGUGAGUGACAGAG